AGCGCAGUAGGAUGGAAUGGCCGCAAUGGACUGUACUUUCUUAAAUAAUAUUUUAACACAACACAGCUUUUUAGAGAACGAUGCAUGUAAUCGUGGCUGACCGAGAAACAGCAAGAGCACGCUGGUCACCUCACCAGUUUUCUGUGCAGUUGCUUUGAUUCACUCGGCAGCCGACUACGAUGUCAGCCUGUCACGACAAAGGCGGCAUUAGCUGCAACAACAGCAGCAUCACAGACUUGCUUGGGGCCCUGUGUGACAACAGUUUGACAGGAGUAUCAUGGAAGCGACGCGCCCUGGGCGGCAUCUCGCGGGAAGGUGUGCGUCGCGCGCUCCGCAGUCGGGCUUAUGGGGCUCUCCUUGCCAGACUUUUCCAUGACGGCUCGCCCAAACCGCCUAGCCCCCUGAGCACCACCCCUUCACGUAACAAAAUGCUGAUGAUCUCCUUCAACCUGCGGGUGUCCGGGUGCCCGGAGGAGGCGGAGAGGCUCGAGGAGCUCUUGGGAGAGCUUAAGGAUGGGCCGGCCUCCGGACUGACUGAGCUGGACUCCGUGCUGGAGCUCCUGGUGCAGCUGGCCGGCUCGGUGCCUCCACCCCCGUCCUCCUUCAGCAAGGACUACAUGCGGCGGGAGCGUCCUGUGCUGCGCAGGGCUCCGCUGGGGGGCUACCAGAGCGAGGAGCUGCAGAGGCUGGAGGCCAGGGCCUGGGCUCUGGUGUGUGGGGAGGAGUGGGGCAAUCUAGGGGGUCUGUGCAGCUCAGUCGCCCUGAUGGAUGCCCCGCCAGGGGUGGGUCUGCUGGCUCUGAGGCAGGGUGCUGAGGUGGAGGAGCGGUUCGAGAGGGACACCAGGCUGUCGCUGUUCGGAGCCCUGCACCACUCGCGUACCGCAGACCUGGACGUCAGACUGGACCUGCCCCCUGUGCCAAAUAAUGCAGAUGUGACUGGCUUGGCCAUCAGGGUUCCUCCAUGCUUGGACCAGUCUGAGGAUGAAGGAUUCCAGUCGGCGUCCAAUCUUACUCCAGACUCCCAGUCGGAGCCCAGCCCCAUCCCGGAGCUGGAUGUGUGGGAGGCCCUGCGCACCUUCAAGCCCGGCAGACGCCGCUGCUGGGAGUCCAUAGGCUGUCCCCCUGGUCAGACGGUGUCUCCGUACCUGAGCGAGGGAGGCCGGGUGGCCUUCGACCAGCUCUACCGGCUGUGGGAGGGUGAGAUCAGGCUGGUGAGCUCCACUCAGACCCCCUCGCCCCUGCUGCCCCUGCCCCUGGACUCCCAGAGCCAGCUGGUCAAGGAUGUCCUCAACGUGCUGAUUGGCGUGGCCUCCACCACCUUCCCCCUCAACCAGGACUCUGUGCAGUUUGACGUGCGGCCUGAUGUGUGUCUAUCGGGGGCGUCCCCAGAGAGUGUGUCCCGGCUGCUGUGUGAGCUGGCGCUGUACGGCACACACUACCUCCGCCUCAGCCGCUUCUCUCUGCAGAGCGCACACAAGCGAGGACUCGUCUUCCAGGCCUUCACAGGAGGUCUGAGACGAUUCCUGCAUUACUACAGAGCUUGUGUCCUGAGCACACCGCCGCACCUCAGCUUACUCACCAUAGCAUUCCUCUUCCGCAAGCUCGGCGCCCAGCUUAGGUACCUGUCAGAGCUGUGCUGUGUGGAUACAGCGUCCAGUGGGGGUCCCUCUGCCUUCCCUGUGGGAGUGAAGUUGCUGUCUUACCUGUACAAUGAGGCGCAGAGCAACGGCAGCAAUGAGAACUACCCCGUGCUGCUGUCGCUGCUGAAGAGCAGCUGUGAGCCGUACACACGGUUUGUGUCCGACUGGGUGUACAGCGGCGUGUUCAGAGAUGUGUACAGCGAAUUCAUGAUCCAGGUGAAUGAGGACUACCUUGUCCACAGAGACAAGCAUUUCUGGACUCAAGGCUACACUCUGAUUUCCAACAACGUGGAGGACUGCGUUCCUGUCUUCCUCAGGCACAUUGCCAACGAUGUGUAUGUCUGUGGGAAGACAAUUAAUCUGCUCAAGAUCUGCUGUCCUCAGCACUACAUCUGUUGGUCGGAGCUGCCGGUGCCACGCAUCGCCGUGACUUUCUCGCUGCAGGAAGUGGAGGAGAUUGAGCGGGACUGUGCCAUCUACCGCGGUCGCAUGGAGCGCAUCGCCAAGCACAGUGCCAUCAGCAGGGAAGAGCAGGCGCUGCGCACGGAGCAGGCUCGGCAGGAGCUCAUCAAUCAGGUCAGGGACUCGGCCGCCAAGACGCUGGAAAGCAUCCGAGGCAGGAUGGUGUCACAGCGGCUGGCGGAGGAGGCCAAGAAGAGGGAGCGAUUCGAGGAGCUGAAGCAGCAGCUGGAGAUGGAACAGGAGUGGCGGAGCACGGCCCGGCGUAAGGAGCAGGAGGACGACUACAGCUAUGCCCGCGAGCUGAGGGACCGCGAGAAGAGGCUGCAGGCCCUGGAGCAGCAGCUGGAGGAGAGGGCUAGGAAGGAGCUGAUUGAGCAGUACAGCCGUCUGUCGGAGGAGGCAGCCAAGCGGGAGAGAAAGGCCAUGUGGAGGGUGCAGCGCAUGAGGCUGGAUGAGCAGAGGGCCCUCUUCUUGCAGCAGGACCAGCAGUGCAUACAGGACCUCUUAGAGAAAUAUCCUUUUGGACAGCCGGUGCCAAACCUUGACGAAGUGUCUACUACGAGAGCAGGAAUAACUCCGCAAUCGGCUCAGGAGUCCCUGGGCGCUGUGCCACGGGCAGAGCAGACCGCAGACAGCGGGGCAGCAGCACAACAGCUCGCCACCCGUCUCCCUCCGACCCCCGCCGCGGGCGCAGACUCCUCCAUCUCCGGCUCGGGCUCAGACUCGGCCCCCGCCACCCCGGUGCCUGCUGCGGAAGUGGCGCGGGACCACGCCAGCCUGGACCCCCUUCCUCCCUCUACCCGGAGUGACGGACAGCCGGUGGAGAGGGCCCUGCAGGACAUCGGCUCCGAUCUCCCGGGGCGUGCCUCUUCUGCCGAUCCCCACUCCUCUCUUCCACCUCCCACCUCCUCCUCCUCUUCUUCCUCUGCUCCUGCCGACUACGACUUCAAAGCUCCGUUCGUCCCGCUGGAGGAAGGCGGGGUCCACGUCCGGCGUCGCUGGGACGCCCCGACGGCCCCCGGUUCAAACCCAGGCCCGAGCUCAGGCUCAGAACCCGGCUGCCCCCUCCUCGACCCUCUCAAGAAGGUCGUCCCUGCUGCAGAGGGACAGGAAGAAGGGGAGCAGAAGAAGAAGAAGAAGAAGGAGGGGGCAGUGGAUGGUGGUGACGGCCCCAUCCCUAAGCAGACAGAUGCACCGACGCUACAAGCGGGACAGCUGCCACAAGGAGGAGUCACCGCCGCGCCAACAGAGCGGACAGAUGGACAGACGGCUGUACCCCCUCAGCCUCAGGAGGCAUCCAAGAGCGGGCUCGAUUUGAGUAGGGUGACAGCUGGGACGACGGACAUUGAGACAGUUACCACCAGCAAAGGCCAGCCACAGGUAAUCAUAAUGCCAGAGACCCAGCAACCUGUUUCAGUGGCAACUAAGGAGCCUGACCGUCCGAUCACAGACACUACUAGAGAGGGUCGGCAGCAGGCUAAGGCUCCCGUUUCUCUCGGUGCCGGAGACGCUGCCACCGCACGUCACGGACACCCCUCAGACGCUCGUAUCAAGGUGGGUGACAAUGUGUCCGAUGUGACAAACACGCAGCCAUCUCCCAGUGGUCACGGACAUGCCUCCGACGCCCAUAUAAGGGUAGGGGAGAAUAUCUCAGAGGUCCAGAGUUCGAUCCCGACAGCCAACGUCCAUGGCCAUGCCUCCGACGCCCAUAUAAGGGUAGGGGAGAACGUGUCAGAGGUGGCCGAUGCCCUCCCUGCCCCGAGCGUACACGGCCACACGUCGGACGCUCACAUCAAGGUCGGGGAAAACGUCUCCGAAGUGGAGGCCCGGCAGCCCUCGCAAAACGUUCACGGGCAUGCCUCCGACGCCCAUAUAAGGGUGGGAGAGAACGUGUCAGAGGUCGCCACCGCCUUGCCAUCCGCCAGUGUUCACGGGCACUCCUCAGAUGCCCACAUCAAGGUGGGCCAGAACGUGUCCGAGGUGGAUGCCCCGGUGCCCACACAGAAUGUCCACGGCCACUCCUCCGAUGCCAACAUCCAGGUGGGUGGCUUCGUUUCCGAGGUGACCCCCUCGCAACCCCGCUGGAGCAAGCAUGGCCACGCGUCCGAUGCCACCCUGGAGGUAGGCUGUCUGGUGGGGGGCGUUCAGCCGGCCCUCAUGCCCCUCCCUGGCAGCGCCCACGGGCAUUCCUCCGACUCCACCCUGGGCAUUGGCUGCGUGGUGGGGGGCCUUCAGCCGGCCCUCCUGCCCCUCCCUGGCAGCGCACAUGGCCAUUCCUCCGACUCUACCCUGGGGGUGGGCUGUCUGGUGGGGGGCGUUCAGCCGGCCCUUCAGCCCCUCCCUGGCAGCGCCCAUGGGCAUUCCUCCGACUCCACCCUGGGCAUUGGCUGCGUGGUGGAGGCCACUGAGGCCGCCCAGCCACAGCCUGGCGCCCACGGCCACUCCUCUGAUUCGACCCUGACAAGCGGCUGUGUGGUGACCGGGGCCGAACCCUUGGCGUCACCGCUGCCUGGUAGUGCCUACGGGCACUCGUCCGACUCUACCCUGGGCGUGGGCUGCGUAGUGCCAGGCGGCUCGGAGCCCCAGAGGGCACCUUUGCCUGGCAGCGCCCAUGGGCACUCGUCCGACUCCACACUGGGGAUGGGCUGCGUGGUGAAGGGCCCCAAACCUGGCGCCUCGUCCCACGAUGAGGCUGGCACACCCUUGGAAGACAAGCAGAGCAACGCAGACUCAGGGUUGGGCUUUGUUGGUCUGCCAGCGUUCCUGGAUGAAGGACUGACGGCCUGGGCUCAGGGCCUGGGCCUCUCUCCUGGUGAGAGCCCGGAAGAUGACUACCUGCUCACUCUGGCCUCGCAGUAUGAGGUGGAACAGUAUCAGGACACAUACACACUCAUGACGUCGGUGCCUGAUAGCCAGCUCCUGCAGCAGGUGACGCGAGGCCCUAGCGGUCUCCCCAUGGACUACUCCCUGCACAGGGCCACCGACACCACGGCCGUCCGCCUCAGCCAAAUGGUCUCGCUGCCAGUACUGAUGAAGCACUCUGUCACGACACCCCUCAUUACUCAUGUGUCCCUGGUCAACAAGGCGGUGGUGGAUUACUUCUUUGUGGAGCUGGGCGUGGAGCGGCACUUCGAGGCCCUGCGCCACUUCCUGCUGAUGGAGGACGGGGAGUUUGCCCAGUCCCUGAGCGACCUGCUCUUUGAGAAGCUUGGCAGUGGGCAGACGCCGGGCGAGCUGCUCACCCCACUGGUGCUCAACUCCAUCCUGAGCAAGGCCCUGCAGUACAGCCUGCACGGAGACAGCGCCCUGGCCGCCAACUUCACCUUCGCCCUGCGCUACCUCCCCGACACCUUCCACCCCCACGCCCCAGACUCCCUCAACUGCCUAGAGCUGCGCUACAAGGUUGAUUGGCCCUUGAACAUCAUCAUCACCGACAGCAGCAUGAACAAGUACAACCGUCUCUUCUCCUUCCUGCUGCAGCUGAAGCACAUGGUGUGGACCCUGCGAGACGUCUGGUUUCAGCUCAAGAGAACCGCUCGUGUGAAGGGUGUGGGCAGCUCGGCCCAGUUCCAUCAGCUCCAGCUCUACCGGCACGAGAUGCAGCACUUUGUCAAGGUGAUCCAGGGCUACCUGGCCAACCAGAUCCUGCAGGUGUCCUGGAGCGAGUUCACCACCAAACUGGCCAGUGUCAGCGACCUGGACGCCAUCCACCGCACACACGCAGACUACCUCAACAGGGCCAUCUUCAGGGGCCUGCUGACUGAGAAGGCGGCCCCGGUGAUGAACAUCAUCCACAGCAUCUUCAGCCUGAUCCUCAAGUUCCGCGCGCAGCUCGUCUCCCAGCCCUGGGACAGCCAGCAGGGGGAGGCGGUGCACCCAGGCUUCAUCGCCAUGCAGCAGUCCUACAACACCUUCAAGUACUACUCGCACUUCCUCUUCACAGUUGUCUCCAAAUUGGUCAACAAAGGCUACCAGCCACACCUGGAGGACUUUCUGUUGCGCAUCAACUUCAAUGACUACUACAAGGACUCCUAAUCAGCGUGGCCAAGCCUGUACUCUACUCUACUGUCCUGGGGUGCAUUUCUCGAAACCAUAGUUGCUAACUAAGUUAGCUACUUUGUUGUUUGCGAUGCAACUACCCAAGUUGCUAACUGGCUAGCAACUAGGCUUUCAAGAUACGCACCCCUGUCCUGUCCUGUACAGGAUAUACGUGGGAGGCUGAAGGUGCAUGUUGGGAUUGAAAGAACUGUGUGCUUUGUACAAUAAGCUUCCGCUGCUGUCCCAUCUCGUGCCAUAGGAUCCAUCCCGUGUGAAUUUACGCUUCACACAUCUCUGUAUGCUUAUUAUACCACAUGGUAUUUCUACCAUGAAGAGACGAGAAACAAGCAGGCGCUGACCAUGUGAAACAUUGCACAACCUGUGCCAUGUUUGAGCUGCAGCACUUUGUCAAAAAGAAAAAGUCCAAAAAAUCCAUAUUUGCUGACAUCCAUAGUUGCCUUUGAGGUUUUUGCGUAGUGAAGACAUUGGCAUAUGUGAGCAAUGGAUGUAUCAGUCCCCUCCUGAUGCUUAUUGUGUUGUGGUCAAGGCUAGAAUUCGUCAUACUGUGGCAAGUUAUGGGAACAUUUACCUUCAGUUCACCUCUGUUGUACCAGAGAUAUUCUAUAGAGAUAUGCCAACAUAAUAGGUUUCUAUGGGCACCUAACGCGACCAUGUUCCGGUCUGCCUAAAGGGGCGUGUCAUAAUGCUCCUACAAUGAAUAGAACAGUCCUUAGGUCUGCCUAGGUCUGCCUAAGGGGGGCCAUAAUAGAACCAGGAAACAAUGGGCCAAUGGAACCUCUCUCUCUCUACUCUCUCUGGUUGUGCUGUACCCUGGAGGUGAGGGGGGAAUGCUCGGCUGUGACGCUGUUGCCUUUUCGUACGCAAUGAUCAGCUCUAUCCAUAAUAGUUUUACACAAAAAUGAAGCUUCUAAAGCGUUUUUAUCUCCUUUAAUAGAGACACCAAACAUCACGCCCUUCCCUCAAACCUAAGGUGUGCCUAAUCCAUAAGCCUGGUGUAAUAUGCGCAUUUUGUGAAUUGUUGUAAUAAAGGAAAUGUCAUUUUCA